AUGACAGUCAAGUAUAUUACGGGAGAUCUAUUUCGCCAUACUGCUCAAGCCGGGAAACCUAUCGUGUUGGCACAUGCAUGUAAUACUGGAGGCAGUUGGGGGGGAGGAAUAGCAGCUGUAUUUAGAAAGAAAUUCCCACAAGCUAACUCCGAAUACUCCAACUAUUGUCACAACAACACCAAUUUACUAGGCAAGAGUCUACUUUUGAAAGCCGAUGAUUUCACUGACACCAACAUCUACAUUGCCUGUUUGUUCACAAGUGAUUUCAAUCAAUCGCCAGAGCAGAUUGCUUCCUAUACUUAUAAAUCGUUGGAACACUUGGCUACACAACUACAGUCAGUAUCGGAUAUUGAAAGCAAUGGCCCAAUGAAAGUGGUCAAUAUGCCAAAGAUCAAUGCCGGUAUUUUUGGUGUUCCAUGGGAGCUAACCAAAGCUGAACUAGAGAAGGUGGCGGAUUUAGAUUUCAAUGUAUAUAUUCUUUAA